GAAGAAGAAGAAGGCGAAAAAUCGGACGCGGCUCAAAUUAGGAAUUUUAAACGUUAACUUUUGCAGGGUCCAGAAAAUGACGAUCGAUUCCGACACGGGACCGCCAGCGGAGCGCGUCCAAGAUGCGAUACGAUGCUUUUUCGAUGUCAGCCUUGGGGGGCUUCCGGCCGGUCGUAUAGUGUUUGAGUUGUAUCCUUCGGUCGCUCCGAAAACGUGCGAGAACUUCCGCGCUCUGUGCACCGGCGAGAAGGGGAUCGGUGUGAAGACGAACAAGCCGCUAUAUUAUCGGGGUGUUAUUUUCCAUCGCGUAGUGAAGGACUUUAUGAUACAAUCGGGUGAUUUCUCGAAUGGCAACGGAACGGGAGGAGAAUCCAUUUACGGGGGAACCUUCGAGGACGAAGCCUUCACCCUCAAGCACGAUAGGCCAUUCCUGCUCUCGAUGGCCAAUCGUGGAAAGAACACUAAUGGUUCACAGUUCUUCAUUACAACGCAACCUGCCCCUCAUCUUGAUAAUGUACACGUUGUGUUUGGUCACGUUGUAUCCGGCCAGGAUCUAGUGCGGCAGCUCGAACAGCUGCCGGUCGAUCGUAAUUCACGACCGCUGCAAGAUGCGGUCGUUUCUAACUGUGGCGAGCUGAUUCGUCAGGUGAAGGAAAAAAAAGAAAAGAAAAAGAAAAAGUCAGCUGCUUCUAGUGAUGAAUCGGCUGAGGAAUCGAGCAAGAAACGUAAGAAGGAGAAAAAGAAGAAACGCGAAAGAGAUUCUUCGCCGCGCGGACCGAAGGGAAAUGAAAGAACAUCGGUGGAGGAUGGUGAGCUUGAAGAUGAAUUGCAUCCGAUGGCCACGGUGACGAAGAUCAAUCCGGAAGAGAUACCGGAAGUGUCGAACAAAUUUCUUAUGCGGGCUGAUAGCAAGCGUAGCACAGCGACCACUGGUGGCGAAGAAGGGGAUGAUCGGAAGCAUCAUCGCAACGAGCAGAGAUCCCGCGAACAGCAGAAGGGUUUCGGUUGGUCAAAAAAGCGAGUACCAGUGUCGCGGAGUGGACGUAUCAUCAAAGGCAGAGGCAAUUUCCGUUACCGGACUCCAUCGAGGUCGCGUAGCCGUUCGCGCAGCCAGACUCCGAUUCACUGGCGUGCAGCCCAGAAACGGACGAUCAAGAUGACGGAUUUGGAGAAGCUCGAGGAAGAGAAACGGCAGCGUGACGUCGAGAUAAAGCGCCGUGAGUCCGAGCGGAAGAAGCGCCACGAGGAACUGGCGAAAGGUGCGUCGAAGAAAUCGUUUUUCGAGCUCAAUCAAGAGCAACCGCCCGGCGCAUCAGAAGAGGCGCUCGAAGCUGGAGAGUCGACUUCCACGAUCACUGGCACGGGUGAGCGAGCCGAACGGCAACGAGCAAAAUCUAAUGGAUCGGUUGAUAUGAAUGCGCUUGACUACGAAGAUCAGCCCGCGGAACAAUCCGAAGCGGAAACGGAAGGCGACGAGCAUACGCAACAGGAGCAGACAGCUACGAUAAACAAAAGCGAAACGCUGGCCAAGGCGCUCGGUGUGGAACCAAAAAAGAAAAGCAAUGACUUUCCCAAGAGUUCCGACGAUCGUUCUCGACGACAGGGUAAUGAUAGUAGGCGUGAUCGUUCCCGCAGCCAUUCGGCCGAUAGAUCGCGCCGCGGUGGAGGUCCGGAUGAGUAUCGGGGAAGAUCACCGCCCCAACAUUAUCGUGGUAACAACCGUCGACAACCUUACCGUGGUGGUGGUGAUGGUCAACAGUUUAAUCGAUACAAUCCUCAGCGUCGAUUUGCUGGUGGUAAUGUCGGUGGAUCGUACUAUUCUCGGCCCCCACCAACGAUGAUGGGUCGAUCCCGUUUCGGUGGUUAUGAUCAUCGUCAGGAGCGCGAUUGGCGUCGUUCUCGCAGCCGUGAUGACGGGAACCGGCGUUCACGGCGUCAGGAUCGUUCCCAUAGCCGAUCACAUAGCCCCGACCGACGACGUAGACACCAUCGUCGAGAUAGUAGCGGUUCAGCGGAUAGCUCUCGUGGUGGAUCGCCGGAUCGGUCACGACGUAAUAGGUCCGAAUCUCCUAAGGAAAGAGCUCCUCGGUCACGCCGUACGGCGUCACCUGAGAGAGUUUCUACGGCCAAGGGCGGUUCCUCGAACGGUCGGGAGCAGGAAGGUGGUAAAGCGAAGAGUCCCGGUGCGGUGGCCACUGCGAUUGUAGCAGCGGCAACGGCUGCCGUGGAAGCUGCAUCGCAACAGGCGAUGGCCAGUGUGAAGAAGGAAAGCAUCUCCGAGGAAGAAAAGGCUCGGCUGCAGAAGGAGAAAAUGUUAAAACGAGCCGAAACACUGCUGCUACUGAAGAGCCACAUGGAGAAGGAGAUCGAAGAGCAGCAGCGCAAGGCUCGCGAAAAGCAACAGCAACAGAAUCAGCAAGCUCGAGUGAAAACUGAACGGGACGAAGCACGUGCACUCGAUGCGGUGAUGGAUUUGGCUCAGCUGAAGCAACUUAAAAAGGAAACGAUUGACAAACUGAACGCACAAGAGGCGGCCCAGCGCAUCCUUGCAACGGUUGUGACCGGGGUCGCAGGCCAUAAGAAGAAGUCCAAAUCAAGUAACAAACGGCGCUCAUCCAGCACGUCGUCCUCCUCCUCGUCCUCUUCCUCAUCAUCCUCGUCAUCGUCAGAGGUGUCCGCUGCUAAGAAGGAGAAAAGUCGCAAGAAACGCAAGGACAAGAAGCGCAAACAGCGAAAGCAUUCGUCCAGCAGCUCAUCUUAAACGUCUCGUCGGCACACCUAA